UUCUACGCAUAACGAUACUCCCAUUUACUCUCCUCCUCUCGGACAAUAAUCAAUAAUCACACCAUGUCUGUCACACUUCACACCACCCAUGGCGACCUAAAGGUCGAACUCUUCUGCGAAGCCGUCCCCAAAACCGCAGAGAACUUCCUCGCCCUCAGCGCCAGCGGCGCCUACAACACCACCCCAUUCCACCGGUACAUCCCGGGCUUCAUGAUCCAAGGCGGCGACAUCUCCCUCUCGGCCACGAAAAUCAACCCGGACACGGGAAAACCGGCGCUCCCGAUCGACGGCGCGAUCCCCAAGGGCGGCACCUCGAUCCACCACCCGUACGCGCUGAACCAGGAGAUCCACCUGCCGGCGCUGAAGCACCACGCGCGGGGGAUGCUGUCGAUGGCGGCGCGGCCGGUGAAGGACCGUACGGCGCCGGGGGCGCAGGGCGCGACGGGCCCCACGAUCAACGGGAGCCAGUUCUUCAUCACGCUGGCGGCGGCGCCGCAUCUGGACGGGGCGAGCACGGUGUUCGGGAAGGUGUUGAAUCUGACGGCGCAGGAUGAGGGGGGCGAUGUGUUGGGGCGGUUGGAGAAGGCGAAGAUGAAGGUGGACAAGAAGGGGAGGGUGGUGCAGCCUUCGCCGGAGGAGGAGGAGGCGGGCGUGUGGGAGCGGGUCGGCAUUGAGCGGGUUACUGUGCAUGCUAACCCUUUUGCGGGGUAGGCUUUUGGCUCUCGUUUGACUUUGGGUUUUUUUUUCCUGGCAAAUGCGGGGGAACCUGUGCUUGACGGUCUUCCGGUGGCUUUGGAAUGGAAGACUGGAGGGGACCGGGGCACUGUUGAGCGUAUGGAUACGGAUAUACUAUACUCGGCUCGAGUCCGAGUCUCCAGCCAGUCGGAGACCAACUUCGAGGAAUUGGGG